AUGGGAGCAACCCCUUCUAGAAUUGUGGACAAUUUGUUAGAUGAUACAAACUUCGAUCGAGAUGAAAUAGACAGAUUGAAGAAGAGAUUUAUGAAGCUAGAUAAAGAUAGCUCUGGCUCCAUAGACAAGACUGAAUUUAUGUCGAUACCAGGUGUUUCUUCGAAUCCACUUGCGAAAAGAAUUAUAGAGGUUUUCGAUGAGGAUGACAGUGGGGAUGUUGAUUUCCAAGAAUUCAUCAAGAGUUUAUCAAUAUUUAGUGGAAGAGGAGAGAAGGAUGCCAAGCUACGCUUUGCUUUCAAAAUAUAUGAUAUCGAUAAAGAUGGAUAUAUUUCAAAUGGUGAAUUAUUCAUUGUUUUGAAGAUAAUGGUGGGAACGAAUUUAGAAGAUGAACAAUUACAACAAAUUGUAGAUAGGACAAUUAUGGAAAACGACAACGAUGGAGACGGAAAGCUUUCUUUUGAGGAGUUCAAAAGAGCAGCAGAAACAACAGAAGUUAUACAGUCGUUAACCCUUCAACAUAAUAUAUGA